GUCCGCGCUGCCCGCCGCGCUCCAGGCACUCCACGCUGCAGCCGCUCGGAGCAAUGAUUAACCCGGAGGGCCGGCCCGCGCCCUGCCCGGGGCGGAGGCCUGGGGCCGGGGCGGGACCCCGAAGCGCCGCUCCGCUUCCUGCUCUCUCCCAAGUUUCCUCGUAGAGCGCGCAGUGCCGGCCGGGGCCCGCGGCGCGGCGUGGCGCAGGGCGCGGCGCGGGGCGCGCGUGGGCGCGGAGCGGGCCACUGGGGUCACCAUGAGGACUCUCCGCAGGUUGAAGUUCAUGAGUUCGCCCAGCCUCAGUGACCUGGGCAAGAGAGAGCCGGCCGCCGCCUCCGCGGACGAGCGGGGCACGCAGCAGCGCCGGGCCUGCGCCAACGCCACCUGGAACAGCAUCCACAACGGGGUGAUCGCCGUCUUCCAGCGCAAGGGGCUGCCUGACCAGGAGCUGUUCAGCCUCAACGAAGGCGUCCGGCAGCUGCUGAGGACGGAGCUGGGGCCCUUCUUCACCGAGUGCCUGCAGAACCAGCUGCUGACGAAAGGCAUGGUGAUCCUGAGGGACAAGAUCCGCUUCUACGAGGGACAGAAGCUGCUGGACUCGCUGGCGGAGACGUGGGACUUCUUCUUCAGCGACGUGCUGCCCACGCUGCAGGCCGUCUUCUACCCCGUGCAGGGCAAGGAGCCGUCGGUGCGCCAGCUGGCCCUGCUGCACUUCCGGAACACCAUCACCCUCAGCGUGAAGCUGGAGGAGGCGCUGGCCCGCGCCCACGCCCGCGUGCCUCCCGCCAUCGUGCAGAUGCUGCUGGUGCUGCAGGGCGUGCACGAGUCCCGGGGUGUGACCAAGGACUACCUGCGCCUGGAGACGCUGAUCCAGAAGGUGGUGUCGCCCUACCUGGGCACCUACGGCCUCUACUCCGGCGAGGGCUCCUUCUCGCACUCCUGCAUCCUAGAGAAGCACUUCCUGCGCCGCUCCCGCUCGGGGGACAUCCUGGCCAAGAACCCGGUGGUGCGCUCCAAGAGCUACAACACGCCGCUGCUGAACCCCGUGGCGGAGCACGAGGCGGAGGGCGCGGCGGCCGGAGGCGCCAGCAUCCGCAGGCACUCGGUCUCCGAGAUGACGUCCUGCCCGGACGCGCCCGGCCAGGGCCCCGCCGGGGACUUCGAGCCCUCCGCGGGCCUGCAGCCGGGGCCCUGCCCCAGCAGACUGUACUCGGACCGCACGCAGUCGCCCGGGGCCGGCCCGGCCUGCGGCUCCCCGCCCUCCUCCAGCCCCGAGAACCUGGUGGACCGGGUCCUGGAGUCCGUGGACUCGGACUCCGAGGGCAUCUUCAUUGACUUUGGCCGGCGCAGCGGGCCCGGCGCCUCCGAGCUGGAGGGGGACAGGGGGCGCCAGAGCGUCGUGUGAGGUCCUGGAGUUUUUACCGAGCCCGAGUGCGAGCCUGUGUGUGCGUGCGCGUGCGCGUGUGUGCGUGCGCGUGCGUUUUUUACUCCGUCCCGGCCAGCCCCGUCCACUGCGGCUGUCCCCCAGCCCUGGGUUGGAGAAACCAUUCUCACCAGCCCGAGCCCCACUCCGGGGCGUCGACCCCGGCGUCUUCACCUGCCGCCCGCGGGGCUCCCAGCACGCAGGUUGGCCUCACGUGCUCGGAAGGGCCGCCGCCACUCGCCCCGCCCACCAGGCCGCCCAGCCACACCCCCGGAGACUGUGAACCUGGCAUCCGGCCAGGCCCCCAGAAUGACCCUCGGACACAGCCGUCCCUCCCCGCUCGCCACAGCACGACCUGUGGGUGACUCUGUCCCGGACCCUGGGAGCCGCCUGCCCUCACUGGGCCAGGGUGGCCGCGGGCAGGAAGAGGGGGGAAUAAACCUCGUCAGCCCUGCUCCCGAGUGUGUCCUGCCCCGCCUCCCCUUGCUGGGGCCUCCCCGCCCUGCUCUUGGAGGGGCUGGUCCCUGUUGCCCACUUUCUCUGUCCCACCCUGUCCGAGGGGCCCAGAGACCUGGAGGGAGGGGCCAGGGGACCCGACAGCCUCUCAGGAGCUGCGGGGACCAUAGGGUAGAGGCCGGGUGCAGACCAUUGGCCCACACAAAGGGGACGGGCCCUGCCUUUGUCCCCAACGGCAAAGCUCAAGAGCUUGGAAGGGGGACAGAGCUACCUGGUCCCCUGCCAUAAUCCUGCUGGAGAGACCCGCCUGGCGAGGGACCAGCGACACCUGCUCUUACCACCCGGCAGGCAGCACCCUCCCCGGCUCGGGGACCCAGGCCCAACGGGGAGGCUCCCUGGCCUGUCCCCCUGUGGCACCCGUGCAUUUGCCGAGGUCUGGGCUCCUCAGUCUUGUCCCUCAGACAUACCCCUGCCUGUGCCUCUUACACCGGAAGGUCACCUCCCGUCUGCUGGCCCAGAGAGUCCUCCUCUGAGUGCCAGCUGACCCCGCAGGUCACCGAUGGCCACCUUUUCUCACAUCCUCACUGUGGAGAGGGUGCCUCCCAUCAGGACACAUCUCGUCUGUUGGGCCUGCCCUAUGACCUGGUUGAAACUUACUUAGGGACCCAUCUCCAAACACAACCACACUGGGCGGGGGUGGUGGGGGCUUCGGGGGACACAGCUCCCUCCCGUGGCCCUCUGGUGGGUGGUGGACCCAUUCCUUGGGCAACUGGCCCCCAGGCCCGCCCCGGAAGCCAGAGGAGGCCACAAGCCAGCAGGAGCCCAGCCAGGUCCCUGGGGCCUCGCCCCGCUGUGGAGGGGCGGCAUUGAAGUUGCCCUGGACUGCACCACCUCAGAGUUAACAUUUGUUUGGGGGUGUAUGUGGGUACCCCAAGAUGCCCUCGGGCCCAGGGGUGUUCUUUGCUCCCACUGAUACAAGUCUCUGGGAAGGGAGGUGCUGCUGGGCGGCGGUGGCCCAGGAAUCGCUGGUGGGAGCACAGGUGCGCUGGGGGGUCCCUGCCAGGCGGGGGGCUGCCCGCCGCAGAGGGAGCCCAGAGGAGGAGGAGGAGGAGGGGGAGACUGGUAUAGGGGAGAAAGGCUGGGCACUGGGUGAGCCAAGGGUGCACCCUGUCAGGUUUUGACUCGCUGCUUGUUUCCCAUUUGACCGUGACAGUGGUACUUGACCUAUAAUUAAAAAGAGCUGGCCCUGGGCAGUGUGGCUCUGCAAACCAAAAGGUCACUGGUUCGAUUCCCAGCCAGAGUACGUGCCUGGGUGGCGGGCCAGGUCCCCAGUUAGGGGUGCGUGAGAGGCAGCUGACUGGUGUUUC